AUGCCGCCUAAGAAGAAGGGAGGCAAGAAGGCCAACGAUGACUGGGAGGCUGAGCUUGGGGAGACCAUUGCGCCUGUGUCGGCAGCGGCAAAGGACGGCGACGCUGCGGCGGACGAGGACGACGACGAGGCCGGUGGCGGUGGUCUUAUGGCGGUUCUGCGCAAGAACAAGGAGAAACGCAAGAAGAAGGGCCUCCCGGAAGACUUCCACGGAGAGGAGGUACCGGCAGAGGAGACGCCAGACCUGGCGGCCAAGGCUCCCGAAGAGGCCGGCAUGGACGACGAGUUUGCACUUCCGGAAAAGAAGGGCAAAGGUGGUGCUUCAGGAAAGAACGGCAAGGGAGCUGCUCCGGCGAAAAAAGAGGAGCCAGCCGACGAGGAGGGCAACGGCGGACGGAUGUUGACCAAGGCGGAGAAGGAGAAGCAAAAGAGGGAGCGGGAAAAGCAGAGAAAGAAAGAGCAGGCUGCGAAGAAAAAGACAACGACGCCGGCGCAGGAUGAAGCAGCCAAAUCUGGACCAGUAGCAGAGAAGCAGGUAAAGGCGGCAGCGCCGGUGGCGGCGGCAGAAGAGCCUGUCGCGGCAGGUGGAAAGAAGAAGAAGCUCCCGGCACACCUGCUGGCGAUCCAGCGGCAGCAAGAAGAGCUUCGUCGGCAGAAAGAGGAGGAAGAACGGUUUCUGGCGGAGGAAAAGGUACGACUGGAGGAGCUGGAACGGCAGGAGGCCGAGGAGCUGAAGCGUAAAGAAGAGCAGAGGGCGGCUCGGAAGCAGAAGGAGAAGGAGAGGAUCGAGCAACUCAAGAAGGAGGGCAAGUACCUGACGAAGGCGCAGAAGGAGGCCAAGGCACGCAACGAGCAGAAGCUGCAGCAGAUGGUGGCAGCAGGCGUGGUCAAGGUGGCAGCUCCGGAUGCGUCGGGUGAGGAGAAGAAGAAGGCGACAAAGGAGAGCAAGAAGCGUGGUGGUGGGCGGCGAGAGAAGGUGGACGAGGCAAAGGUGCUGGAGGAGGCAGCAGAGCGAGCACGACUGCAGGCAGAGAAGCUGGCCAAGGAGGCUGAAGAGCGCGAGCUGGCGAAGCAAAAAGCCGAGGAGGAAGCAGCACGGAAGGCAGCCGAGGCAGCAGGAAGUGACAUUGACGAGGACUGGGAGACGGCAGCGGACGCGAAGCUCAGCCUGGAGGACGUCAAGGACAGCUGGGACGCUGACUCGGACGCAGAGAAAGAGGCGAAGAAGGCAGAGAAGAAGGGUUCGAACUCGGACUCGGACUCGGGAAGCGACUCGGGCAGCGACUCGGACAGCGAGUCAGAGUCGGACGACGAGCUGACAUCGGCAGCCAAGGCAGCAGAAGCACAGCGGAAGAAGGAGCUGGCAGAGAUGCGCGAGAAGGAGCACCAAGCAGCACUGGCAGCCCGAAGCAAGGACAACUUGCGGUCACCCAUCUGCUGCAUCAUGGGACACGUCGACACGGGCAAGACGAAGCUGCUGGACAAAGUGCGGCAGACCAACGUGCAGGAGGGCGAGGCGGGCGGGAUCACACAGCAGAUCGGCGCGACGUACUUCCCGAUCGACGCGAUCCGACAAAAGACAGCAGUGGUCAACAAGGACGGGUCGUUUGAGUUCAAGGUGCCGGGACUGCUGAUCAUCGACACGCCGGGCCACGAGUCGUUCUCGAACCUGCGGUCGCGCGGAUCGUCGCUGUGCAACAUUGCGAUCCUGGUGGUGGACAUCAUGCACGGGCUGGAGCAGCAGACGCUGGAGUCGAUGCGGAUGCUGCGGGACCGCAAGACGCCCUUUAUCGUGGCGCUCAACAAGAUUGACCGGCUGUACGGGUGGAAGAAGGUGGACAACAACGGAUUCGAGGACAGUCUGGCGCUGCAGAACCGUGGCGUGCAGAACGAGUUCAGCAAGCGGCUGGAGCAGACGAAGCUGGCCUUUGCCGAGCAGGGCUUCAACACGGAGCUCUUUUACGAGAACAAGAACAUGUCGCGGAUCGUGUCGCUGGUGCCGACGUCAGCCCACACGGGCGAAGGCGUGCCCGACAUGCUGAAGCUGCUGGUGCAGCUGACACAAGAGCGUAUGACAGACUCGCUGAUGUACCUGUCCGAGGUGCAGGCGACCGUGCUGGAGGUCAAGGCGAUUGAGGGGUUCGGCAUGACCAUUGACGUGAUCCUGUCCAACGGCAUUUUGCGCGAGGGCGACCGGAUCAUCCUGUGUGGUGUCGAGGGCGUGAUCAAGACGAACAUCCGCGCUCUGCUGACGCCGGCGCCUUUGCGCGAGCUGCGCAUCCGCUCGGCCUACGUGCACAACAAGGAGGUGCGUGCAGCCAUGGGUAUCAAGAUCAGCGCACCCAAUCUCGAGGGUGCCAUUGCCGGCUCGCGGCUGCUGGUAGUCGGCAAGUACGACGACGAGGAGGAUCUGGAAGAAGAGGUCGAGUCCGACCUGGCUUCCGUCUUCAGCCGGGUCGAAAAGUCCGGCCGUGGCGUCAGCGUCCAGGCCUCCACGCUCGGCUCGCUCGAGGCCCUGCUCGACUUCCUUAAGGACUCCAAGAUCCCGGUGGCCAACGUCGGCAUCGGUCCGGUCUUUAAGCGCGACGUGAUGCAGUGCAGCACCAUGCUGGAGAAGAAUCCUGACUACGCCGUCAUGCUCUGCUUCGACGUCAAGGUCGACAAGGAGGCUAUGGCCUAUGCCGACGACCAGGGCAUCAAGAUCUUCACCGCCGACAUCAUCUACCACCUCUUUGACGCCUUCACCAAGCAUAUGCGCGAGCUGAGCGAGAAGAAGAAGGAGGAGUCCAAGAUGCUCGCCGUCUUCCCCUGCGUCCUCUCCACCGUCGCUGUCUUCAACAAGACCGGUCCCAUCGUCAUCGGCGUCGACGUGCUCGAGGGCCAGCUCAAGCUCAACACGCCCAUCGCCUGCGUCAAGAUGAACCCAAACACGAACCAGAAGGAGAUUAUCAGUCUCGGCCGAGUGACCUCCAUCGAGCGCGAACAUAAGCAGAUCAACGUCUGCAAGCCCGGCCAGCCGUCGGUGGCGGUCAAGAUCGAGAUGGGCGGCCACCAGCCCACGUACGGCCGCCACCUGGAAGAGACCGACCAGCUGUACAGCCUCGUGUCGCGCGCCAGCAUCGACUGCCUCAAGGAGUUCUACCGCUCCGACGUAUCGGCCGAGGAGUGGAAGCUACUGAUCAAGCUGAAGCCGCUGUUUAACAUCCCCUGA